ACGUAAUUUUGACAUUUGAUGUAAAUCGACUGUUUAUUUGUUGUUGUUCACCGAUUUUCAAUUUAUCUAAAUUUUAUUAAAAAAUGAGCAUAGAAGUCGCUCAUACUCUCACUAAGAACUUCAAAUAUUCAUUCCCGACAUGCACAAACGAAGAGAUCCUUUUCAAACUGGAUGUUCCCGUGGAAAUCCCGUAUUCCGGCUGCACUCGGGAGUUGGUUCAGCGGGUCAUCAAUAUGUUUCAUAUUCCCGUGUAUUUGGAAGAUGAGCUAAAUGAAAAGUUGGCAGAAUUUGUAGCCACCGAGACUAAAAACUUUCACAAUGAUCGGGACGAGAAACUGAUCAACCAAUUGAAGAACAGUGAGCUCAACGUAGAUGGCAUUGUCAAGAACUGGGAGAAGAUGUUCAAAGAGAAUGUCAUGGAGUUUGCCGAGCAGAAGGGAACUUCUGAUGAGGAGGUAUUUGCAGCUGCAUACCACAAACUGGUACAUUCGCCCGCCUUGGAGACCAUACUGCAAGUGGAGAACUCAUACGCCAAGACCGUCUCCAGCAUGCUGAAGAAUAGAGAUGAAGAUGUGCAGAAGAUGACAGAGAGACAAACAUCAGAAAUGGAAGAAAACAUGCGUCUACUCAACACCACAGUCACAGAGGAAGACAUAAACGAAUUAGCUACUCGCCACUUCGAGGAACAGAGCCUAGUAUGCGGGCGCUGGGGCUCGCAGAUCGAUGCUCUGUGCCAGACGCAGCGAUCGCAGCACAGAGCAUGGCUGAUGACCACGCUGGACCAGUAUCAGACUACAGCCGCUCUUAGCACACCCAGCAACUCCCCGCUGGACACCUUCUGUCCAGAGCGGUCCCUGUCAGCGCCCGCGCCGCGCCUGGAGGAGAGUUUCACCAUCCACCUGGGCAGCCAGCUCAAGCAGACCCACAACAUCAGGAUCGUGGCCUGCGACCUCCUGGACCUGUGCAGGCUCGACCCCGACAACCCAACAGAGCACAUGCGUCGCCUUCAAACUUCACUCGGUCUCUAUUCCACGGAGCUGUCGGCUGUGGUGCUAUUAAGCUCGGCGCCGCCUGCGACCGCGGCGCCGCUCAAGGCCUUGCAAAGAGCCGCCGCAGCGUCGCCUGAGCAUCACUUCGCGUCACUCGAUCUGCAGCUUAAGGAUAUCGCUGAGAAGGUUAAGGAGCCGGCGGAACAACGCAACUCGCAACGCGGCGACGGCAGGCGCGCGCGCGCAGCUCUGCAGCCGGGCGACGUGUACGUGACCACACACAGCAACCUCGGCGACGUGCAUGUCGUCUUCCAUCUCGUGGCUGACGACGACGCGGUGUCAGGCGACAUCUCGUCCCGCCACCCGGUAAUCAUGGGCCUCCGAAACAUUCUGAAGGCCGCGUGCGCCAACGACAUCACCACUAUCUCACUGCCACUGCUACUGAGACACGACCUCACAGAGGAGUGCACAGUGGCGUGGUGCAGCCGCCGCGCGGAGCUGGUGCUGAAGUGCGUGAAGGGGUUCGUGCUCGAGGCCUUCGGCUGGGGCGGAGCCCGGCCCGCCACGCUGCAGGUGGCGGCCCCACCCAACACGUCUCCGCAAGUGUUCGCGUCGCUGGCGGCGUUGCUGCCCGCCAUCUUCCGGGUGUCCGCGCCCGUCAAGGCUAAACAACCAGCCGCACAUUGACGGGGAACAACUCUACCUGGCAAUAGCCAUGAAUAUAUCACAUUGGAAAGGACAAACUUGGAUGGAGAAAAUGUUCUUGAAAUGUUCGGUCAUAAAUAACUUCAAGAGACUAUUGGAUACGACAGUAGCGAUUGCUAUUGGCGGGUACAUAAUUACAAUAAUGAUUUUUUAUCAUAAAAACGUUUGAACGUUUCAGUAGAAAAUGAAGGAAAUCUUUAAUGAUAAUAAUUUUUUAAACUCGGGUUAAUAAAUGUUCGUGGUAAACAAAAAAAUACCAAAAAGUAAAACAAUAAUUUUCAAAUCACAUAUUUAUUUAAAAUGUUAAAUCUAAUACUCAAAAUAGCGAAUCCAACCUUAAUAAUAAUUUGAUGCAUGUGAAUAUUUAUAUCUAAAAUACGCUAAAAUUGUUUGCAACAACAUUAUUUUUGUUCCCAUCUUGUAAAAUCUCACAAAAUAUGUGCGCUAUUCAAUUUUCCACCUUAUGGUGAAAAAAAAUAUGUACUCUAUACAUUAUCAAUAUAAUUAACACAAUCACAAUACAUAAAUGUCAAAGAAAAGAUCAAAAACUUUACAAAAACGCUCCACAAACAUCAUUUUGACGUUACAAUUCCUUUAAGAUUCUUUGUAAUGAUAGUAUAACGAUUUUACACUAAACAUCUACGAAUAGCACAGAAUUGUGGAAUAUUGGCACUGUUUAGAUACCGUCGUGAACACAAAACCAUUCAUGAGUUUGUGUGCACUUCAUAAUAUGCAGAAAUAGUUUAUUUUUAGCCUCUGUAAAACCAUAACUUUGCAAUCUCUUGGCUAAUAUUAACUUCAAUGCUAAAUUAAGAUAAAUUAGGGGCGUUCGUAAGGCUUUAAAAAUCAAAAUAACCUCAAAUUAUGUGACCACGAAAAUAUAGUUACUAUCUGAAGAAUCCUUCUACAUAAAAUUCUUUGUACAUGAGAUAUUUUUUGCCACUGUGACAUAUAAAGUUCAUCAUUUUAAAGUCAUCAUAUGACUCCAUAUUGUCUCGACGAACCUAAAUGGCAAAUUUAUUAAAACUAUAAAGACACCUUUAGUAUACGAACACGAGAGCUUAUUGCCAAAGUUGUAGUCUUGUAAGUCUCUAUUUCUUACAACAAAAUACUUUUAAAACUUGCUCUGGUAGCGGCUUAUGCUCCUAAUUGGCAUUUAUCGCGUCAAAUAUAAGUUGGCACAAAUGUUUUAAAACUUGUUGCACGUAAAAUGUACAACGGUCCCUGUCCCGGAUCAGUUGUUAUAUCAGUACUAGUAAAAGUAGUGCCAAUUUAUGUUUGACGGGCUUUCAAAACAUUCCAAUAUCUAUCUAAAUAAUGAAAUAACGCUCAGUUGUAUAAACAGUUGAAAUUAAUAAAACACAGACAAUGAUGGAAUUUAUCGAGCAGUGGAACAAGAAACUUUGAAGUUUAGUUCCAAAAUGAUGCAGAAAUUUUCAGACACGUGUGAAGUUCUUAUGAUGAAUGUAUUAAUACUUAACAGAGAAAAAGUCUUUUGCUGGGACGAGACUUCGAAUAUUCACUUGGUGUAAGUAAAUCAUUAAUAACCCAUUUAUACAACUGAGAUAACAUAGAAUGAAAUAAACUAGGUAAUCAUGAUAGCGUUAUAAAAUUAUAACUAAAAUGGAACACAAUCAAACUAUAACUAAAGCCAUUCUAAAAACAAAAGAAGAAUUAAAGAAAAUUAUCUAGAUGGCAGCACAGUUAAAACCAAGAGUUGUUUGAAAACCUAAACAGGUUAUAUAACUUUGAACAGUAAAUGUUUUCUGAAUAAAACGCGUUCAAUUGAGUAAAGUCAGACGUCCUAGAUAAUUCACCAACUAAUUCAGACAAGUGAAACAUUUAAGUAGUUGCAUAUUGAGUGCUUUUUUAAAAUUCUGAACUAGAAAAAUUUCUGUAAAAAAAAAGUUUCUGUUCCCACAGGAAUAUCAGAAAAUCUGUUACAUACCGAAUUCCAAUUCUGUAGACCUGGUAAUUUUCUGUGUAUCGUCAAUCAGUCAGUCAAUGUCCUCAAUAAAAAAUAAAUAAAAGUAAUCUGUCAAGUGCUGGUCCAAUCACAAAAGAUUAUUGAACCGCCAUCAAUGUGCUGCCACCUACCGUCCAUUUUUAAAACCUCUCAUUACUAAUAUCAGUUCAUUCACAUUCAGUGUAGCCUUCGACUUGAGGCGAUAAUUCCAUGGAAAUUGAACAUCUCGAAAAACAGGGUUAAACAUCAGAAACAUCAAAUAAAAAAUAUAAAUUUUCUAUACCAGUCGUGGUUUAUGAAAUAUAGUCAUCUCUGCAGCACCUUUAUGUACCUGCAACAAAUUAAAGGCUUUGUUACUAUUAACUCUGUCUACAAACAUAAACUUGUAUAACAUACUUGUUUAAAAUGUUACAAAAUUUAAACAUUUACCUGGCUGGAAUCAAUAUGCUCUUGUCAUUUAUACGCAUCUAGGAACAUCCAGGAAUUGAUAUAAAGGUUACAAGCUUGGAACCGUAAGGUUGAUGUAAAAUAUGUAAUGUAAAAUGGAGUUUAUAUUGUUUAUUUUUUAAUAAUAAAAUGUAUUUAUUAUUAAAUUUUUAGACUGUAAGAUAUGUGUGAUAUAAUAAGUAUAAAAUUUAUACAAGGAAAUUAAAGUUAAUUGUAAAAAUCCUAAAUUAAA